AAUUAGCUCUAAAGGGGAUUUUUAUCCCUCCGGUUUCCAUCUUGGCCUCUGUCGGACGGUAACCCUGCUUCUCCCACCCAAUUUCUCCUUUGGGGCGGGGACUAACCAGAUCAUUCCUCCCGGCCCUGGUCCUAGGAUAUCCUACCCACGCGCAGCACUUUGCUGUGAAAUGCACGCAGGCGGCCGAGACUAUGGGGGACAGGCUGGAAGCCUGGGACAGGUUGGGGACAUCUGCAAACGCCGGAGAAGAGGUGCCUGUUCCCCGCGUCUAUGCGCGCCGCUGGGUCUUCCUGCUGGCGGUCAGCCUUCUGAGCUGCUCCAACGCGAUGCUAUGGCUCAGUUUUGCACCUGUAGCAGACACCAUCGCACAGCACUUCUUCCUGUCCAUGGAGCAGAUCAACUGGCUGUCACUAGUCUACCUUGUGGUAUCCAUCCCAUUUGGCAUGGCAGCCAUCUGGGUUCUGGACUCUGUUGGGCUCCGUGGAGCGACUAUCCUGGGUGCAUGGUUGAAUUUUGCUGGAAGUUUGCUACGUGCUGUGCCCUGCUUGGAUGUCAGGAUCCCCAAUCCAUUUGCCUUCUUCAUGAGUGGCCAGAGCCUCUGUGCCUUGGCCCAGACCCUGGUCAUCUCUUCUCCAGCCAAGCUGGCUGCCUUAUGGUUCCCAGAGCACCAGAGAGCCACAGCUAACAUGAUCGGCACUAUGUCAAAUCCUCUGGGCAUCCUUGUGGCAAAUGUGCUAUCUCCUGCGCUAGUCAAGAAGGCAGAAGACAUCCCCAUGAUGCUUGGUAUCUACAUUAUCCCUGCUGCCCUUGCCUGUCUCUUGGCCACUGCCUGCCUCUGGGAGAGCGUGCCUCCUAGCCCGCCAUCUACAGGGGCUGCCAGUUCCACUUCAGAGAGUUUCCUCCAGGGCCUCAAACUGCUCAUCCAGAAUAAGGCCUAUGUCAUCCUGGCCAUAUGCUUCGGUGGUGGCAUUGGUAUCUUCUCCAGCUUCUCAGCCCUCCUGGAACAGAUCCUUUGUACCAAUGGCUACUCCAAUGAGUUCUCAGGCCUCUGUGGGGCUCUCUUCAUCGUGUUUGGGAUUUUGGGGGCACUGCUUCUAGGCCUGUAUGUGGAUCGGACCAAGCACUUCACAGAAGCCACCAAGAUAGGCCUCUGUCUGACUUCCAUGACCUUCGUGGCCUUUGCUCUGGUGUCCCAGCUGCAGGGACAGACCUUUGCGUUGGCCGCCAUCUGCUCCCUCCUGGGGCUGUUUGGCUUCUCGGUGGCACCCGUGGUCAUGGAGUUGGCAGUUGAAUGCUCGUUUCCUGUGGGUGAAGGUGCCUCUGCUGGCUUGAUUUUUGUCCUGGGGCAGGCCGAGGGUGUGCUCAUCAUGCUGCUACUGACGGCGCUGACCAUGCGGCGAACGGGCCCAUCCUUUUCUACUUGCCGGCAGGGCGAGGAGCCUCUAGACUGGACAGUGUCUCUGCUGCUGAUGGCUGGCCUGUGUACCGUUUUCACCUGUGUCUUGGUGCUCUUCUUCAACACCCCAUAUCGGCGCCUGGAGGCUGAGUCUGGAGGAUCCCCUUCGCCCAGGAUAUGUGGCAGGGAGCCAACAAUAAGCUCCACCCAAGUGCCACCCCUUGAGACUUCUGGAUUAACACCUCCAGCUGGGGCCUUGCAGGAAGCUCCUUGUCCUGCCUCUCUUCCUAAAGGACACUCAGAAUGGGCAGAGACAUCUGGUAAAGCAGAGACCUGCUAGGGUCUCUUUGUCUGUGCCUGUCACGCUAAAAACUCUAACAGGGACACAAAGUCUUUAGCAUACCUAGGGCAUGACAGGAUUGCCUUUUGGUCCUUAGGUAGACAAUGAUAGAUUGAAAAUAACUGCUGUUGUGUGGAUACUGGUCAGUUAGGGUAGACCCUGGCCAAGCCAGACUUGUGGUGGCUGUUGCAGGGAGUGUCUGUUCAGGGGCCGGAGUGAGUGGAAGAUUCCUGCUAGGAAACUGAGGGGGUUCUGGGGACCAUGGCAUGGCCAGUCUGAGGUAGACAGGUGCAGAAAGAUUUUUGUCUUAACUGUAUGACCAGACACUUAGCCUGAUUCUAGGAUAGCACAGAGGGGGGUGAGCUGUCUAAGAGUAGGGAGCAGAAGGGUCUCUGGUAGAUACACCCCCUCUAAUGAACACUCACAGGCAAGUUUAUGUGUCCAACUUUAUUGAACUGGCUACAGCUUGCAGCCUGAAGGAUGGAGAAGCUCUUGCUGCCUCUUGCACGUAGGAGGACCAAUAGCUCUGCAUUUUGUAGUCUAGGUUGCCAGCCACAUCAAUGAAGGCAAACUCUAGCAUCUGAUUCUCUAAGAGUCAGCCCAAGAUGGGUAGGGUAUUGGCGGGGACAUCAAGUUGGUGGAGGUAGGAGCAGGGAGAGACCAGGUUCCUGGGCUCCAGCCCAGACACAGUAAAUUUCAGGCACUUGACUCCAUUCAGUGGGUUCCUGAUUCUUGGUUGACCUGUUCAGGGAUGGAGAGAGACAGAGGGCUAAGAACCCAGCCAAGGGAGGGGCUAGGGAUGUAUGCUAGGUGGGGUCAGAAGAGAGAUGGAGAGAGUGGGUAAGACAAAGAGGAGUUGGGGAAGGGGAGGGGCUACCAGGAGUCAUGUCCUGGUGACGGCAAGGAAUACAUGGUAUAGACAAGCUAGGACCUACACUUUAUUCCUGACUCCCAGUCUGCUGCCUCUAUUACUGAGCUAGCUAGUAGCAGACUGGUGGUGUAUGCUUUUGGGGGAAUGCUGCCCCUAGCUGCCCUCUGAUAUACUUUAGGGGUGGGGGUUGGGCGAACCUCAUUUGCAGUCAUCUUGUUGGCUUGGGACAUCAGUAGACCUUUGAUGCUGAGAGUGGAAAGAGACGGGUUAGCUGCUCUGAGGAAGAGUGGAAAGUUCCUACUGUGGCUCCUCUGUGGGAGGCCUGGGGAUAGUCUGAUGUGUACCUCCUACCAACCUGUUGUCAAAACCCAGGUGCCUAAUGGUCCCUGGAGCCCAUGGUGACUCACAGCAGGUACCUGACGAAGUAAGGGGCAGAUGCCUGGGACACCAGAAUGUUUCCUUUCCCUAGUGCUACAUUUAAGUAAGCCAUCUAUGAAAGGGGCUUAAGACAGCAAUAGAUGGACGAUGCCUCCCUGGGUAAUAAAGGGCCAAAUAGCAGGAAUAAUCCUUCUCUUAGUUAUUCCAAAUGACUCUGCUCUUCGGGUCUCAAGGUGGCUAUUUGAGGCCCUGGAACUAAGAGUUCAAGAGGGCCUGGUGAGGUGGACUUGGGCCCAGGCAUGUCUCUUUUCAGAGUGGAUAUUCCCCAGCCCCUAAGCCAGACUCACUAUUCCUUGUGGAUGCUGCCCCUGCCAUCAAGGUUGAGCAUUUUGAAGACCUUUAGGAUGGUCUCUGUAUUGGUGCCUGCUCACAAAAAGGCUUUUGGAGUCCUAUCUUGUCCUGAAGCAUCCAGUGCUUAGUCUUGCUGUACCAUCUAAGGAGUCUUUCCUAUUCCUGGGCCCGAAGAACCUCUGUUCAUCCACAUGGGUCGUUCUGGCUUCCAUUUGGGAACCAGGGCUCUGAUGGUGAGAGAGUCUACAGAGAGCUAGAUAGGCUGGUACAGCCCCUUUGGAUGUCACUGUGGCAAUUUCUCAGAAAAUUAGGAAACAACCUUCCUCAAGACCCAGUAAUACCACUUUUGGGUAUAUAUCCAAAGGAUGCUCAAUCGUGCCACAAGGACAUGUGCUCAACUAUGUUCAUAGCAGCUUUAUUUGUCAUAGCCAGAACCUGGAAACAACCUAAAUGCUCCUCGACCGAAGAAUGGAUAAGGAAAAUGUGGUACAUUUACACAAUGGAGUACUACACAGCAGAAAAAAAUGACAUCUUGAAUUUUGCAGGCAAAUGGAUGGAUCUAGAAAACAUUUUGAGUGAGAUAACCCAGACCCAGAAAGACAAUUAUCACGUGUACUCACCCAUAAGUGGUUUUGAAACAUAAAGCAAAGAAAUCCAGCCUACAAAUUACAAUCCCAGAGAAACUAGACAACAAUGAGGAACCUAAGAGAGACAUACAUGGAUCUAAUCUACAUGGGAAGUAGAAAAAGACAAGAUCUCCUGAGUAAAUUGGGAGCAUGGGGACCUUGG